CCACCACUCGACCCCGGCCAAUUUCACCCAGACGUAUCUCUUGCAUUCAAUAUUUACCUCUACGGAUCUAUUUUGCCUGUUAUAUAGAGGCAAACACGAGGAAAAUUGCAACAAUGGCGGACAUGCCCAUUGUUCUCGACGGGGGAACCGGUUUCCUCAAGGUCGGAUAUGCUGCGCAGAACUUCCCAGAGUACCAGUUCCCCUCCAUAGUGGGGCGGCCUAUACUACGAACUGAAGAGCAGGCCGGCGAUAUCGUCGUGAAGGAUAUCAUGUGCGGAGAUGAAGCUGCUGCUGCCAGAUCGAUGCUUCAGAUUACCUAUCCUAUGGAAAAUGGAAUUGUGAAGAGAUGGGACGAUAUGCAACAUCUAUGGAACUAUACUUUCUACGACAAGAUGAAAAUCGAUCCGACGGGCCGCAAAAUCCUCCUGACUGAACCCCCCAUGAAUCCCCUGAAGAACCGAGAACGGAUGUGCGAGGUUAUGCUAGAAGGGUACAAUUUUGGAGGUGUAUAUGUUGCGAUUCAGGCAGUUCUUGCGCUGUAUGCUCAGGGUCUCAGCAGUGGUGUGGUCGUCGAUUCCGGUGACGGCGUUACGCAUAUCAUCCCCGUCUAUGAGUCUACAGUUUUGAACCACCACAUUCGUCGACUGGAUGUCGCUGGUCGCGAUGUCACGCGCAAUUUAAUUGCCCUCCUCCUCCGUCGUGGAUACGCUCUCAACCGUACGGCCGACUUCGAGACGGUGCGCCAGAUCAAGGAGAAGCUUUGCUACGUUUCGUACGACCUAGAGCUGGACAAGAAACUCUCGGAAGACACAACUGUUUUGGUGGAAUCGUAUACCCUUCCCGACGGCAGAGUGAUCAGGGUCGGCAGCGAGCGAUUUGAAGCGCCCGAAUGUCUCUUCCAGCCGCAUCUGGUGGAUGUAGACCAGCCUGGUAUUGGAGAAAUGCUCUAUAACACGAUCCAGGGCGCAGAUGUGGACGUGCGGGCCAGCUUGUACAAGGCAAUCGUGCUCAGUGGCGGAAGCAGCAUGUACCCUGGUCUGCCGUCGCGGUUAGAGAAGGAGUUGAAGCAAUUGUGGCUUACACGGACGUUGGGAGGGAACCCUGAACGACUGAACAAAUUCAAAGUCCGCAUCGAAGAUCCCCCGCGACGAAGACAUAUGGUGUUCUUGGGUGGCGCUGUCCUUGCCAAUCUGAUCGCGGACAAGGAAGACAUGUGGGUCACCAAGCAAGAAUGGGAGGAACAGGGCGCCCGCGCCUUGUCGAAAUUCGGUCCUAGAUAGUUCAUUUCUUUCUUGUAGGCCUCGUAGGUAUACCAACCAACCAGUCUUUGACAUAUCCAUAUCAUUGCCAUA